UCCCCUGCUACCUCUGAGACCACUGUCACCUCACCCCCUCACCACCUCCUGCCCUGUUUCUUAUACUUUGAAACACGCCGUUGUGCGUGCUCCCACUCAGUGUCACCAGUGCUGCCUGAACAGGCAAGACGAAGGAUAAACCAACCAUUUGCAUCCAUCAUCCAACUUACCAGCAACAUGUUCCUGUUGAACGUCUGCGUCCUGGCUGGUCUCAUGCUGUCCCUCCCUCAGUGUACAUAUCAGUCUUGCGAGGAGGGGAAACCCAAAGAGUGCUUGGAUGCAGAAUUUGCUCCAGGCACCAAUUUGGCCGGGGAAGGCUUCGACAUCACCAAACUGGAACGUAAGGGGGCCUUUGUGAUCGACAUGAAUCUGUGGAAACGCAAAGACAAGGGGUGCACCCUGUGUAGCAACCCCUAUCUGGAGAACAAAAAGCAAAAGCUCCCGCUGUCAGUAGUGGACUGGAGGGCAAAGCACUCUUGCAAUAUGAAAGUGGCCAGUGCAGUCCACCGAUCCAGUGAGGCUCUGGUCACCUCCAGCACCUCUUCUGUGGAUAACAAUUGGCAAGCCAAUCUUGACGUUAAUGUAGCUGAAAAAGGCAGCUCAGUCAUGCUAGCUGGUACCAAUUCCAAGUUGGCUGAAUACUCCUUGGAAAAAACUAAGAAUGACAAGUUCAGCUUUACAAGCCAAAGCAUGUCCUGCGAGUACUACAGCUACCGAGUGUCCGGCACUCCCAAGCUGCACAAAGAAUUUCGCAAAGCUGUGAAACAACUCCCCAAAAUCUACAGCCCUCAAUACAAGCAACGAUUCUACAAACUGAUUGAUAACUUCGGCACCCAUUACAUCACCAAGGUGAAGUUGGGAGGAAGUGUUCAAUCUGUGACGAGCAUCAGGCAGUGCCAAGCAAGCCUCAAUGGCCUCAGUGUAGAAGAGGUGGGGAUGUGCCUUGAAGCUGAGGCAUCCGCCAGCGUCAAAGAUUCAAAACUCGGAGCUCAAGCAAAACACUGCAAGAAGGACAUGGAGAAGUCUGAAAGUAAGACAUCCUUCUCCAGCCUCUUCAACGACAGGUUCACAGAAAUAAAGGGGGGCCAUACGACCGAGCCAGACCUUCUCUUCUCUGCUGACAAAAAUCCAUCGGCCUACAAGGAAUGGCUAACCACACUAGCACAGAAUCCAGACAUAUUCACAUAUUCCCUGGAAUCGCUUCAUGAGUUACUGCCUGCUAAAGACCCUGUCCGAAAGAACCUGCGCUCGGCCAUUAGCCAUUACAUUUUGGAGAAAGGCCUGUGGAGGAACUGCAGCGACCGCUGUCAGGCCGGCAUCAAGAGCGACUCCAGGGAUCCCUGCGUCUGCCAAUGCCACAAUGACCCAGCUGUUAACCAAGACUGCUGCCCGACCCGUAAGGGCAUGGCACGGGUCAUCAUAACUGUCCAACGGGCUACUGAUCUUUGGGGAGACCACACCACAGCCACAGAUGGCUAUGUGAAGGUGUCAUUCAACGGGCAGCUGGUCCGGCGUUCUGAUGUCAUUCACAACAACAACAACCCACACUGGGGCACCAUCAUUGACCUGGGCACCCAGGAUUUGUCUGCAGGGCAUGUCGUGAGAUUUGAAAUGUGGGAUCAGGACAGCAACUGGGACGAUGACUUGUUGGGACAAUGUGAGCAAAUUCUGACUGCUGGAGUCAGGGAGGAUGUCUGUGUCCUGCAGCACGGCAGGCUGUUCUACAAGUUUGACGUGAAAUGUGCUCCGAGCCUGAGUGGAGGUUCCUGCACUGACUACAAACCCUCGCCUAUGAGUCCGAGUAUGAAGAGUCUGUAUGUGUCCCGUCACGCCCAACCUGUUCCAAAGCCCAUCCUGUUGAAGAUGGGUGUGUUUGUGGAUGAAACAAGCUCAGGGAGAAACCAGAGUCAAAUGUUUGAUGUGAAAUAAAAAUCCUUGCUUGGCUUUACUGAGGUUUACUUUUAAUCAGGUAAAUCGAUGAUGCUGAUUUAUUAAAUCUCUCGUGGGCAUAUAGAAUGAGAUGUGUGUUAGCUCAGGAGGAAUGUUUUAUGUGGUGACUAAGCAGCUGCAACUCAAUUAUGAAACAUUUCCCUAAUAUUUUGUGUGAUCAGUUUUGUUUCAGUGUAGUCCCUGUACAUGGAAUGAUUUGUGUUUGACGAAGGGCUCUCAGAUAUCGAGAUGAGCAAAAGAUUUAGAUGACUGACAUGAAUGGUAAAAUGUUCAAAACAUAUUCAAAAUUUGAAAAAAAGCAGUGGCAGACAAGAUACUAUUGUUUUUAUAUACUGUAUCCAUGUAUUUACAUCACAGUGUCCAUUUUACUUUCACAUUAGCUAAGCAUAUGCAGUAGAUCAUAUAAAAGUUCUUCCAGUUGUGAAAAUAUUAUAUUCAAUGCAACUUUUACUCAUAGACUUAUAUAUACCUUAUUUUUUUUAAAUGCGCAUGUAUUAGCAGAUUCAGACAUGUUAUCUUGCGCAAUCACUCUAUAGCACUUUCCUUUCUAUCUAUGCAAUCAUUUAUAAAAAUGUACUGGUGUGUUUACUGUUUUGUGUUUUUUUGUUUGUCUAUCAUGAAUAAAAGCAUAAUAUCUCAUCUGUU